AUGACGACACCCGAUGGUAUUUUGCUUACGAUCGCAAUAUUCGCCAGCCCGACCUGCGGGGCGUCGUGCUCGCCGUCAUUGAACGGCAUAGACGUAGAAGGUAGCAGUACUAAGCAUCUUACAGCCUCUGACUUGUGCAAGUCGAAGCACUGCUCGAGUUAUGCUUUUAAACAGAGACCUAAAUUUGCAAGCAUACUGCUGUCACUUGUAUUAACUGCUUGCCUCACCGUGACGAUAGUUUGCGUGACUUCCCAAACAGAAAUCAUUCCCAACACAUUUGUGUACUUGAAAAUGUCACGCAUGGCGGUAUAUUUCUCCGUCGAGAAGUUUUCCAUAGAGCAAUGGAAUGUAUUUUUAUUAGUAAAAGAAAAUGACGUAUAUGUGUACGUUGCAAUGUUCGUAGAUGACCACGUCAGAGUUGGCAGCACAAAGGAGGAUGCGCCAGAAAACCCAAUCGAGGCUGAAGGGACGAUGAGAACAAUAGCAAAUGCUCUGCAACAAAUGGCCGAGGACGCCAAGCCGAAGAUAAACUGCCUGCGCGAGGAGCUGGCGAAAAAGGGCCUGAAGGAGUCGGACUUUAUGCCCAGAAUCAUAGACUGCCUGCAGUGCAAAGACGAGGCGGAGGAGAAGAACGAAGUCGACUCUGGAUCGGUGUCCGUCAGGCAGCCUAGCAUCGUCGAUCUCAUGCCGUCCGUGAGGAAUCGGGAGGAGCUGGAGCGACUUGUGGAGCAGGGAGACGCGCCCUCGGUAGGUGUAAUCGAGGAAGCCAGUGACUCUGCUACCCCAGAUGGGGCCUCGCGGGGCGCUAACGACAUCGAUGUGGACGAUCCCGAGAGACCCAUGGAUCAGCACAAACAUUCUGGCCAAUCUGUGGACGAGCCUUCUAGUGACGGGGAGACGCGACGCAAGAUCGAAUGCCUCGAAAAGUCGGCCCUGAAAAACAAGGAACCCACGGCGUACUUUCAACCCACAGCAGAGACAGCUACGGUGUACCAGCAGAUUCACCUUACGCCGUACAACGGCCUGUCCCCACUGUAUCCAAUGUACUUUGGUGGGCCACCUUUUAAGCAAAAAGUUGUUGCAACGUACCGUACGGAACAUAUUGCAGAAAUUUGUAAAAGAUUUUGUGCCUUUCAUAUCGAUAAGAAAAUGCGAUAUUGUCACAUGAGCAAACCAAUUGGUAACACUCAAUCGCAAGAGGCAAGAGUCACCGAUGCAACCGACCAGCUCAGGUUUGGGCUGCCGUACAUCCCACUGAUCCAAAUGCAGCCUCCCAUCACUGACCCGCGAUCUCCCGACCCAGUAUCCACAAAUGAACUCACCAGACAAAACGCACCCGUCUACCUCUGCUUACCCCCAGUCCACCCAGUCGCAUCGCCACCUCCACCCCGCGCUAGUGACAUCCAAGAGCAGAGUAGUACAGCCGAUAAAGAGCCACCAACAGCAACCUCUAAAACUACGAGUGGUACCAAGCACAUGCAGGGAGAAACGUAUGACCCAAGGAACCGGAUGUCUGCAGCCAACAGCGGGGUGGAGGAGGACGGUGAGCUGAACACGGAAGGGCCGUUGCAGGUGACGGAUGCAACUACCACGGAAAUGGAGACCACGGUGACCGAGCAAGUGCCAACCACCAUCCCAACCGAGGAACGGAUGGCCAAUGACGAAGAAAUCGUUCAACAGUUUGUGUGCAAGAGAAUGAUGCAGUCAGUCCCGAUAGAAAAACGUUGCGACAACGUACCCGACUGCGAAGACGGGACGGAUGAAGAAGAUUGCAAGUGCAAGGAUGUACUCAAAGGAAACGACACCGCCAAGAUUUGCGAUGGAAGCAUCGAUUGCUUCGACGCCAGUGACGAAGAAGGAUGUGGUAUUUGCAAGCCCAACGAGUUCCACUGCGUCAAGAGCAACGCUUGCGUUCAAAAAAGCCAACGAUGCAACGAAGUCAGCGAUUGCACAUUUGGCGAAGACGAGAUGGAUUGCUACGUACUGACAAACGGCGAGCACGUCAACCUGGACCUUGACGAUCGGCCGCACUUGAACGCCGAGGGAGUACUGACGAGUUACCAGAACGGCUCUUGGCGAGCCACUUGUUUGAAACCGGAAGCUCGCAAUGAUUCGGGACGGUCCAUCGUUGGUCUGGCCAUUUGUCACAAACUUGGCUUCAGCAACACUGAAGUUGGACCUGCUGAAGGUUUACCAUAUGAUUUUUACUCUGGUGUAAAGGGCGUGGAUUCGAUGAAGGAAAUAGUUGUGCGAACGUCAAAGAUGAGCGAGAGAUCUGCGAGAAAUGGUUCGUCGGUGGCGUACGAGUACCCGCCCCAGUACACAGCCCCAGCAGAGAGCGACUGGACCUGUUUCGGCGUCUACAUUCGCUGCAAGCCGAUUCUCAACAGCACCAUGAGCAACUUCGAGGUCGUCAAAUCCGGUGGAAAUGGUCCCGAGAAAACGUAUGCUUGGCCUUGGGAAGCUUCGGUUUUCGUGGACGGACGAUACCGGUGCUCGGCUCUACUGCUCGAGGAAGAUCUGCUGCUCGGACCGGCCAAGUGUGGCCGUGGUGUCAACCUAUCGAAAAAUUACACGGUCGCUUCUGUUGGAGCACCACCGCUGAACUUCCCGUUUAGUGGACCGUACGAACAAAUUUCCCGCGUCGUGGACAUCAAACCUUUGAGGAACUCGGUUGCCUCGGUAUUUCGACUGAGGGACAAAAUCAACAUGACCCGUUACGCUCAGCCAAUCAAUCUGGACAGAAGGAUUUUUCCAGCGUCGAGCAACGACACCUGCAUUGCCGUCGGAGUCAACGACAAGGGCGUGAAAAAAACGCGGUUACUGCGAACGAUCCUCGACUGCCCCCCGUGCCGUAGAUGCUUCAUCGAACGGAGUCCCUCGCUAUCAUGCUCGAGGAGCAGCGGGGCCUCAAAAUGGAGCGGCCACGUGGUUUGUCUGAGCAAACUUGGCUGGUAUCCAGCUGCAGUGUUCCAGAACAGGGACCUCAUAUGCGGCUUCGGAACCACGCAGACGCUCAACGGCAUCGACUACUUGAGCGCCCACGUAUCCCAAGCCAUCGGUGAAGCGACCAAACCACUCGACGAGCCCACCUGUCUGGGUCUGAGGUGUACGCUGGGCCGGUGCAUACCAUGGGACCGAGUGUGCGACGGAGCUCGCGACUGCCAGGACGGAAAGGACGAAGAGCCCAAGUACUGCAGAAACUCCAAGGGCAGAUGUGACAAGGACGGCGCGAAUUGCAGAUGCCACGUGUCGGAGCUCCGUUGCGGCGACGGUCAGUGCAUCCCGAAGCAAGGGUUCUGCGACGGGAGGAGGGACUGCAGCGACGGCAGCGACGAGCCGGCCGGCUGCAGCUGCGCCCGUUACUUGAGCCUGAGCCGGCCUAACCUCGUCUGCGACGGCCGGCGCCACUGCUUCGACAAAUCAGACGAGAGUUACAAAUUGUGCGCAUGCGCGGACUCGAGCUUCAGGUGCACGGGAAGUCCGUACAACGGGACAGUCGCUUGCGUCCCGCAGGACUACGUGUGCGACGGGCAUCCCGACUGUCCUAACGGAGAGGACGAGGCGCGGGAGGCCUGCUGGAAGCUGCAGUCCAAGCCUGGUGAUCCGAAGGGCAAGGGCGAGGUGAUGCGGAGGAGUUACGGUGUUCUGCAGUCGCUGUGCCUGCCUCAGCCGACGAUGUCGCGGCGCGAGGCUGGAAGGAUCUGCAAGGAGCUGGGUUUUGCCGGGGGUGCUGGUGAUAAGAAGAUUAAAUUGGUCACCGACGCGCAGUACGAGUUGCGGUACGAUUUCUUCAUGGUGCAGGUGAACAGUAUGACGUGGGUGAGCAUGCGGCCGAACGCGACCUUGGGGGUAUGGAAGAGGCCCGAGGCCGACUGUUACCGAGCCUUCGUGCAUUGCGCCUAG